AUGAGAUUAAACGACAAAGUGGCCAUUAUCACCGGAGCCGGAAGCGGCAUCGGCGCCGAAAGCGCCCGCCGCUUCGUCGAAGAAGGAGCGCGCGUCCUCAUUGCCGACAUGCAAGACGACAAGGGUCAAGCCGUGGCCGACGAACUCGGUAACGCGGCGGAGUUUCUGCACGUCGAUGUGUCCCAGGAGCAGCAUGUCGAAGCCGCAGUGGCCGAGGCUGUAGCCAAGUGGGGCAAGCUCGACAUCAUCUUCAACAAUGCCGGCUUUGGUGGCGCACUGGGCUCGAUCGAGACAACAACGGUUGAUGAUUUCGACAUCACGUUCGAUGUGCUGGUCAAGGGAGUCUUCCUCGGCAUAAAGCACGCCAUACCCGCCAUGCGUGCCGCCGGCGGCGGUGCCAUCAUCAAUACUGCAUCGGUGGCCGGCCUGCAGGCGGGCUACUCGCCGCACUUGUACAGCGUGGCCAAGUCUGCAGUCAUCCAUAUGACGAAGUCCGUGGCGCUCGAAGUUGGUCAAGACAACAUUCGAUGCAACUGCAUCUGCCCUGGCAUCAUUGCUACUCCCCUUGCUGCAGGUCACCCGAACACAACCAAUGAGCAACUGGCCAAGCUGAAAAGUGCGCUGGGUAAAACGCAGGUGCUCGGCAAGAUCGGCGACCCGGUCGACAUUGCCAACGCAGCCGUCUUCUUGGCCAGCGAUGAAUCCGGCUUCAUCACCGGCCAUGCGCAGGUCGUCGACGGUGGUGCUCACGCGGGCAAACCGUGGGCUCGCCAAGGCGAAUGGAUCACUGCGGACCGCCCGAUCAAGAUGUAUCGGCCCGAGGACCGGUGA